AAUCUUGGUAUAACUCCAUUAACACGUAGUUUGUUUGUUUGUACAGAUCUGAAGGGCCCAACCCAAGACGUGGCAUGGAUUGAAUCCCAGAAAACCCGCCAUCCUCUCUUCAUUCUUUUUCAUUUCCUUCUCACUGCUCUUUCUUUGCACUCUUUCUCAUCUAAACCCUUCAAUCUCAACUUUCUCUUACUCAAACCAGUCAUGUAUGGCGGUGACGAAGUAUCAGCCAUAGUAAUAGACCUGGGUUCGCAUACAUGCAAAGCCGGUUACGCUGGCGAAGAUGCUCCCAAGGCCGUUUUCCCCUCUGUUGUUGGUGCAAUUGAUCAAAUGGACAUUGAUGGACCUGUUUAUGCUGGAGUGUCAUCUGGUUCUGCUGUGGAUUUACAAAACAAUAAAAAAAAUCAUGAAUCUGACAGAACCAAGGAAAAAUGCAAACUUUAUGUAGGAUCUCAGUCCUUGGGAUACCGUCGAGACUAUAUGGAGCUGCUCUCACCAUUGAAGAAUGGAGUUAUUGUUGACUGGAAUAUUGUUGACAACAUAUGGGAUCAUGCUUUGAGGGAAUGCCUCUUAGUUGAUCCUAAAGAGCGUCCAAUGCUACAUUAA